AUGUUUCGCCAUCUCAUGUCCUCAAAGGUGCGCUCCAACGCAGGCUGCUGGACCUGUCGUCUCCGGCGCAAGAAAUGCGAUGAGAAGCGUCCUGUCUGUGAUGCGUGUGGCGCCCUUGAGAUCAGUUGUUUCUUUGAUGAGGAAAAGCCAGAAUGGAUGGACGGUGGACCAAAGCAGAAAGCCAUGGCUGAGAAGAUCAAGGCUCAGGUCAAGAAGCAGGCCAGUCAGCGUCGCGAUCGCAAGUAUAUGGAGAUGCUUGAAGCCGGCACUCGCAAUGUUACACUCCAGAAUGAGGGCCAAAGCCAACAGCAGCCUCAUGACGCUGCCAUGUCCGCUGCAUCCGACACGGAUCCUGCUUCGGGCCAUGAGUUUGGAUCGACGCCUGCUUCUAGCAACACCAGCGGUGCCUCGCCCCCUGAUAUGCCAUGGCACAGUCACUUCUCUGUCCCGACUGAAGAUUCCAGCAGCUCAACUGGCGCCAGUACCGAGAUUCACUUCAUCAUGAUCUACCUCGACUACGUCUUCCCUUAUCUCUUUCCCUUCUACCGCCCUCCCAUCUUGGCCGGCGGUCGUGGCUGGGUACUCGACGUGCUCCAAAGCAACAAGUCCGUCUGGCAUACAGCUGUGUCCCUUACUUCGUACUUCUUCAGCAUAGUCAUGGCCAAUGGCGCAGUCGAGCAUCAGGAGUGCACAAACCGAAUGGUUCAUCAAUUGCAGUCUCAACUUGAGAUGGGUCUGAGGGAACUGCAGCGUGAGAUGACCGCUGUCAACCACAAGGUCUCCUGUGCCGGCGUCCGAGAUCGUCUCCUUGUUCUACAAGCUAUCCUACAGAUGCUCAUCUUUGAGGUUUCAACGAGUAACAAGGACCACUGGAAGAUGCACCUCGAUGCCGCUAUUACCAUGUUCCAACAAAUCCUCCCGCAGUCAGAGAAAUGGGGCGAGACAUUGGAGGCUCUCUACAGCUACCGUUGGCCACCGCCAGAGAUGGGUAUCCGAAGACCCUUCAGCACUAAUCAAGCUGCCCUUCGCUUCUUUACAGCCAAUGUCCUCUACAUCGAUGUCAUAUCCAGCAUUACACUCGAGCAGGCGCCACGCCUUCAGAAGUACCAAGAUAACAUUAUGCCCAGUUGCAAAACUUACACCAACCCACAUGAAGUUCGGAUCUCGGGCUCACUCUUCAUGGAAGAUUAUGUUGGUCUCAACAACUGGGUUGUGCAGAUCAUUGGUGACAUUGCGGCACUCGAUGCUUGGAAGAAGGACCAGAAGAAAAAGAACUCGUUAUCAAUAAAUGAGUUGGUUCAGCGAGGCAAAAUCAUGGAAGACGCCAUCAAGGGGGGACUCAGUGUAAUUGAAGCGCAGAUCCAAACAUCGGGCCCCUUCUUCGAUCCCGUGAUAAGCGUUGUGGCAAAUCCUACUCAAAAUUACGGCUACGGUGUUGAUACCAAACAAGCCCCUGGCCUUGCGGUCAAUAACAUGAUCUGGCUCCAAGCAGCGCUCACAUACCUUCACGUCGUCAUAUCCGGCUGGCAACCGUCUUGCCCAGAGAUCCAAACCUCCGUUUCCCGUAUGACAGAACUCCUUACGACCCUUCCAACCAACGUCUGCCUCCGAACUCUAGUGUGGCCCUUUUGUAUCGCAGGUUGCCUUUCGCCCCCUGAAGACGAGGAUAAGUAUCGCGCAAUGGUGGAGCGUCUGGGCCCGGUCAGUGUGUUCGGCACCAUCAGAGAGGCGCUUGAAGUUAUGGAGAAGGUGUGGGCGAGGCGAGAUCAGAUUGAUGAGAGUUGGGAUGUGGCCAAGUGUCUUCAGAUUCUAGGACACGGAGUUUUGCUGAUUUGA